CGCUCCUCCUCCGCGCGGUGCAUGAUGGUCUCUGUAGUGCUGUUGGUAUCUGCUGCUGCUGCUGCUGCUGCUGUGUGCUGUUGUUUUCCUCCCGGUUCCUCCCGGUUCCUCUGGUGUUCCUGUGAUGUUGACGAGGACAAACACCGGCUGCUGUGCUUCACACGACAGCUAGCCUCCUGGGAGGCGAGUCCCGAUGCCAUGGCCUCCAGCCACGGCUCCUCCCCAGUGCCUCGUGGAGGUCGAGGUGGGAUCUAUCACAAGGAGCGGGAGACGCCGCCGCCCCCCCGCUGCCGGUCCAUCCGCUCCCUGCCCGAUGUCUGCCCCAAGGAACCCACUGGUGUGGGGCGGGGCCUGUGUGACAGCCCAUCUGUGGUGGCGGAGCACGACAGGUGGACGGUGUACAGCUCGAAGGUCAACCUCCCUGCCGCGCUGAACGACCCGCGGCUCGCCAAGCGGGAGUCCGACUUUUUCACCAAAACAUGGGGACUGGACUUUGCAGAGACAGAAGUGAUGCCCUCCUUCUACCUCCCCAACAUCACCAGGGAACACUUCGGACCUUACCUGCAGGAGAUGGCUCAGAGGGAAAGAAUCCACGAACGCUGCAAGACGAUCUGUCCCAACAAAGACGAUGUGGAAGCUGUCUCCAGUAUCACCAGCAACCACGAGAAAUCCAGAGCUGAACUGGAACAAGUCCCGAAGAUCUUCAUGAAGCCUGAAUUUGGUCUGGAGGACCCCGGCACCUUCAACACCGUGCUGCCCUGGUCGCACUUCAACAGUGCUGGAGGGAAGAGCAGCAGAGACGUGGCGUCCUCCAAACUGCUGCAGGAGAAGCUGAGUCACUACCUUGAUGUGGUGGAGGUGAGCAUCGCCCGGCAGAUCUCGCUGCGCUCCGAGGCGUUUUUCCACGCCAUGUCCUCGCAGCACGAGCUGCAGGACCGGCUUCAGGAGACGCAGCACGCCGUGGCCGUCCUGCGGGGCCGCACCGCCACCAUCGACCGGGUCAUGUGCGAGGGGCCUCUACGGGCCCUCCGCACCGCCCUGACCCGCAACAACUGCGUGAAGCUGCACAACAAGCUGAAGCUGAUGGCAGCUGUGCAUCAGACGCAACCAACCGUGCAGCUGCUGCUCUCCACCUCCGAGUUUGUCGGAGCACUGGAGCUCAUCUCCACCACUAAGGAGGUGCUGCAGCAGGAGCUGCAGGGAAUCCAUAGCUUCAGGCAUCUGGGCUCCCAGCUGUGCGAGCUGGAGAAGCUGAUCGAUAAGAUGAUGGUGGAGGAUUUCAGCAUGUACGCCCGCAGCGACCUGAACCGCAGCCUGAAGGACGAGCCGCUGGUCCUCGAGAAGGUCCACAUACCUAACGCUGCCUCACAGAAGGAGCGUCUGGAGUCUCUGGUGUUUGGCCUGCUGCGUCAGAGGAAGUUGGACUUUCUGGAUAUUUACAGCGAUGAGAUGAUCAUGGCUGCUAAGGCCAUCGUCUCUCAGUGUGUGGCAGAAAAUGUUUUUAACAUAGAAGAUAUUGACACUGAAGUCGUCACUAAGCUAGCUGACCAGAUGCGUCUGAUGACUUUCCCUCAGUGGUUUGAGCUGCUGAAAAACAUCUUUGAGACUUUCCUUCUCUUCCUGCAGAGGAUCAAGGCCACUCUGAGUGUGAUCAAAAACGUGGUUCUGGAGGUUCUUGCCUCAAACCAGAAGAUCCGGCUCCAGGAGGAUGCCAGUUCAGGGGCUUCAGUUCAGGAGGCUCCCCACGGCCCGUUGCUGCUGCAGGGGGAAGCCGAGCUGGCCUACCUCACCCACGAGGGUCUGUUCAUCAGCGACGCUCUGAACGAGGCCCAGCAGCAGCAGGCGGUGGUCCAGGAACAGAGCUCUGCCGUGGGCUACAGGAUCCAGCAGAGCCGGACGGAGGCAGCCGGCAGCGAUUCUGCUUCUGGGACCACAGAGACCUCCGUCAGCAGGGAGCAGAGCUUCAUGUCCAGUGAGAACAUGAUGCCUACUGAUCUGGAGCUGAACCGUGUGAUCAACAACAUCCAGGAACUGCUGCACGCCGCCUCCGACGUCAGCCACGACCGUUGCGUCAAAGUCCUCACAGCUAGAGCCAAGGACGGCUCUCUGGAGCGUCUGAACUCGGCGGAGUUUGUGUGCCUCUCUCAGGCCGUGGAGGGUUUUGUCAGGGACACCGAGGAGCUGUGCGGCAGGCGCAGCGUCUCCUUAAGGGGGGCGCUGCAGAGCCAGGCCAACCGCUUCGUCCACCGCUUCCACGAAGAACGCAAGACCAAACUCAGCCUCCUCCUGGAUAACGAGCGCUGGAAGCAGGCGGAGGUUCCUACUGAGUUUCAGGAUCUGGUGAACUCCAUCGCUGAUGGAAGAAUAACACUACCAGAGCGCAAAAUUCCAGGUCCAGGGGACAAGAAGCCCUCCGAGUUUCUGCUCGUCAACGGGCAGAAAUAUGCCGUCGUCGGGACGGUUCUGCUGCUGAUCCGGAUCUUUCUGGAAUACUGUCAGUGUGUCAAUGACAUCCCAUCCAUCGCCACCGACAUGCUGACGCGUCUGUCGGACCUCCUCAAGCACUUCAACUCUCGGAGCUGCCAGCUGGUUCUGGGAGCCGGAGCUCUGCAGGUAGUCGGCCUGAAGACCAUCACCACCAAAAACCUCGCGUUAGCCUCCCGCUGCCUGCAGCUGGUGGUUCACUACAUUCCCAUCAUCAGAGCUCAUUUUGAGACCAAACUGCAGCCCAAACAGUUCAGCGUCCUCAGACACUUUGACCACAUCACCAAGGACUACAACGAUCACAUAGCAGAGAUAUCUGCUAAGCUGGUGGCCAUCAUGGACAGUCUGUUUGAGAAGGUUUUAUCAAAGUAUGAAGUGAAGGCUCCGAUGCCCUCGGUCUGCUUCAGAACCGUCUGUAAACAGAUGGCGAAGAUGCACGAAGCCAUUUCUGAACUCUUACCUGAAGAACAGAUGCAGAUGUUGUUUCUGAGGAUCAAUGCCAGUUUUAAGAUGCACCUGAAGAGGCAGCUGGCUCGACUCGGGGUCGUUAAUGACGGAGGACCGCAGAACGGGCUGGUGUCGGUGGACGUUGCAUUCUACACAGAGAACGUCCAGGCGCUAAAGAGCCUCGACUGUCUCGACUUGAACAUGGCCGAGAUCUGGGAGCAGAAGAGGUGAUGGAGGACGGCGACAGGACGUCCAGGACCGACCUACUGACCCGGCGACGGGGCGCCGACCUCAGGGGCCGACGGCGGCCGGCCGAGGGUGGAGGAGGCCCGGAGGGACCAAAAAUACUAAACCUCGGAGAAGAAGAGCAGCGACACGCUGGCGGCUUCCUGAACAGCUCCACCUUCAAAGACUUUAUCAAGUAACACUCAGAGCCUCCUUAAAAGCUGCUGCCACCUCAUCUCACUGUGUGCAAUUCAACAGAAAUAGUAAAUUAUUAGAGACAGUUUUAGUGGGAGCGAAGGGUGUAGAUAAUGUUUAAGAAAUGGCGGGGUAAUUUAUUUUUCUGUUGUCUUGAAAACAUUCUAUACUGUGGCGGACUUUUUCUCCAGAUGUUGGAUGCUGAAGGAAUUUUUAUCAUCAACGCACACUGAGACCGAAUUUUUCUGUCGCUGGUUUCGCAGACUUUUUGCUUAAACUUCCCAGCCGAGGAUUCAGGGUUCAGAUAACGGGAUUCGCUCCGGAAAGAAUAUUUUUCUCCUUCCUGCUCUGAAAGCAUCAACAGGGUUCCUUCACCGUGUUUCCAAACUUUUUCCAAACCUCAUUCAUCAGCUGGUUUUGCUUUUAUUCGCUGUGGUGGUAAAAUUGAUUCUUAAACUUUACUCAAAACAAGAAUAUUUUCAUACAGUUUGAGACCUGGGGGAACUCAGAAAUGUGUAACUGAAGAGUUAAUUUCCUGAAAACUUUAAAUAAACAACAUCCAGACUGUGAAAGCAUCACAACUCUCAGCUACAGCCUGUUGUUACCAAAGUAAAACACUUUCUGAUUUGGGAAAUAAACUCUUCAAUUACACUUUUGUUUCCUUCAAACUGUCCAAUUAUGCAUUAAGUUUUCAUCAGCUGAGUGAUAUUCAGUCGUGAUGAUCCAGAGACGAAGGUCAUUUUUAUACGUGUAGUUAAUUGAUGCGUUUGACUGCAGAACAUGAAGCAUGAAAAUCAGCUGUCGACUCAAACUACUGUUCUCCCUCCUAAUGUAGUUUUAUUUAAUCUGCAUGAACAGAAUGUGAGCUUUUUGUUUCCUCUGACGCUGAAACGACUCAAAGCGGAACAGAAAAUCUGAUUUAUUUUUCAACAGCAGAUUCGUCGUGUUUAGCCAAAAACAAUUCACGUCUCCAUGUACAGGAAAACUUCUUCAGACACAAAUCUGCUCUCCUGAAUGAAAAGUAAGCGUCGAGAGGAAAGCCGAAGUCGCUCCUAAUGUCUGAAAAUAAUCAUGUGACCGAGUCGUGUUUCCCAGGUCACAUCACAACACGUGGACCAAUCAAAUGCAACAGUGGGCCGCGUCCUGAAAAUGUACCUGAAACCAAUGUUAGAAGUCACUUCCUCAUGGUGCUUUCAGGUGCUGUCACAUUCUGCCUCGUCUCACCUCCGUUCCACAUUCCAAAAUCUGUCCUAAUUCCUUCAAAAUAAAACAGUUUGAAACAUGAGCACUACAAAUUUAAGUAGUUGAGCUAAUUUAAACACGAGCAGAACAUUUUUACACACCUUUUUCAAAUAGUAAAAUGUCAAAAUUUUGAUGAUACACUCUUUUAUUUUAAACUUGUCCCGGUCAGUAUGUAGUACGACUGUAUUAGGGCCAUUGUAGGUAAAACAAAAUAAUAAUUAUGGAGCCGGGGGAAUGGGUUUAAUCUGAGAAAAAAUUCGGAAUUUCCGAGAUUAAAGUCGUAAAAUUUAGAAGAAAAAACUCCAGAAUUUGCGAAAUUAUAAGUCAUAAACUUACAAUAAAAAAAGGUUGAUAUUCUCUGAAAUUAAAGAAAAAAUUUACUAGAAUAAACUCACAAAUUUGCAAAAUUUUAAAGUCAUAACUUGAGGAGAAAAAAAAUUAUAUUCUCUGAGAUAAAAGUGGCAAAUUUACGAGAAAAAACUCCCAGAUUUGCAAGAUUUUAUGUCAUAAAUAUACGGGGAAAAAAUAAACUAACAAAUUUGCGACAAAAUGUACAAGAAUAAGCUGAUAUUCUGUGGCAUAUUUCUGAGAAACAUUUUUUUUUUUUUACCUACAAUGGCCCUAAUACACUGUUGUAUUGUAAGAUGGAUUUGUGUUCUUGCAAGUUCUGUGCUUGAACUAAAAUUUCUAACUUUAACAAAUUGACGAGGAACCGUUUCGCACAGUCCUUGAAUCUCCUGCACCGCUGUGGUUCACCCACACACAGGUGUUGUCAGGUGUUCUGCCUGGCUGUGCUCCGUUUGGCAUUACCGUUUUCCAGUGCAGUUUUCUGCAAACAUCAGAUUUUCUGUUCCUGAGUGAAGUUCAGUCGUUCUGAGCUCCGACCAAACAAACACACCUGUCCAGCUGCGGUCACAUCACCUUCAGUCUCUGACACCUACACCAACACUACAGGCAGCGUUUAGCUCCCAAAAAAUACAAGAUGAAAGGAGAACAGAUGCUGGAGCUCAUCUCUUGUGGUUUUUGUGUCACUGCAUUAAUCAGCUAAAGUACUUUAAUACAACAAGUUUAUUACAGAGAAAAUAUUUAUUUUUUUCCAAGAUAAUAUCUGGAUAUCAUGAGAAAACUACUUUGUUAUCCUGUGAUAAUGUGACACUACAACCACAGCUGUUCUUGACUGUCCCAGUUCAGGAACAAAUCUACGUAAAUCGUCUUUAUAUGUGAGGGCAGACGACAGUUUAAAGUCAAAGUGAAUCAGAGUGUGUGAUGUGACCGCAGCUGUCAGUUUAGUGAGAACAAAAAGCAUCAACUAUCAUCACUGUCUGCUUCAGAAGUGCCUACUUUUGAUCAAUACUGUCAGAGACGACACAUCUGAGCUCUCCACUACAGUGUGCCUACCAUACCACUGUGUGUGUGUGUGCGUGCGUGAGUGUGAAUGCGUGAGUGUGUGUGUGUGUGUGUGAAUGCGUCAGGCUGCAUGUCUGAGAAUCCAAAAUGUCUUGAAUCCUUCAAACCUGAUGUGAAUAAAACAGGAUGACGGAGCGA